UUCGUUUUGAUGAUUUAAGAUAAUAUUAGUUACAAUAAUUCUAUACAUAAUUUUUUCUAAAAUUGUAGUUUAACGUUAUCCUUUUUAUACAUUCAAGUAAUUUAAAUAUGGCUUUAAAUUUUAGUUCAGUGAGUGACAAUGGAGCAUUUUCUUUCAGGAAUCUUGAAAGGAAUGCAAGAUUAGAAAAAAUGGGUCUUAAAAUGCCAUCAUUCAGAAAAACUGGAACUACUAUUGUUGGAGUAACCACUCGUGACUGUGUUAUUUUAGCUGCAGAUACACGGGCAACUUCUGAUACAAUUGUUAUGGAAAAAAAUUGUGAUAAAAUUCAUUAUAUUGGAAAAUAUAUGCAGUGUUGUGGAGCUGGUACAGCAGCUGAUACUGAUCAAGUUACUCGAAUGGUAUCUGCCAAUGUUACAUUGCAAGCUUUUAAGUUUCCAGAUGAAAUGGUUCCAGUAGUAUUUGCUGCUCGAUCAUUACGUCAAUACCUUUUUAAAUAUAUGGGUUAUGUUUCGGCUGCUUUAAUUUUGGGAGGUGUUGAUAACACUGGAACUCAUUUAUAUUCUAUUUACCCACAUGGAUCAAUAGAUAAACUCCCAUACAUUUCUAUGGGUUCUGGAAGUAUGGCUGCAAUUUCAGAACUAGAAAGUCGUUGGAAUGAAAAUUUAACUGAAGAAGAAGGGAAAAAGUUAGCUUGUGAUGCUAUUUUAGCUGGUAUAUUUAAUGAUUUAGGUUCAGGAAGUAAUGUUGAUAUGUGUGUAAUUAAAAAAGAAGGAACACAAACAUAUAGAAACUAUUUGACUCCUAAUAUAAAACCACCAACGUCAAAGUAUCGUUAUCCAGCAGGUCUAACCAAAGUAUUAUGUAGAAAUGAAAUAAAGUUUGAUAUAACAGAAGAAUCAGUGAUGGAAGUUGAUGCCUGAAAAUAAAUAUUUUGUUUAAUACUUUAUUUUAUAAUUCAUAUGAUGAUUUUACAAUUAUAAUUUUCUUUUUUUCAUACCAAAAUGUUAUCAUAAUUUUGGUUACGGAAUCCCGGUAUAAUUUUUAUUAAAAUAAAUAAUUUGGUA